GUGGGUGUGUGUGUUGUGUAGUCUUGGGUUUUUUCGGUGGGAGAGCUCCUCUUUCUUCUCCGGUCGAGGGGAAAUUUUAGGGCGACGCGAAUUCGAGGGCUGGGGCAGCGGGAAAGAUGCGUGGCGAGUAGGCGGCAUGGUGGAGAUCUACCGCGACAACGGCCUACAUUCUGGUAAGACGCCUCCGCAGCUCAAGAGAAAUGGGUCUGGGCUAGCGGCGCCCCCCGAUUUCCAGCAGCACAAAUCUAGUAUGGUUUUCCAGCGCCCGCCAUUCUCGUUUGCCGGGGAGCACCACUUUGGCGGUGAAGGGGAGAGCUUUCUUGGCGAAAGAUCGGAGAUGUCCAAGUUCUCGGAGGACUCUUUACACUCGUCUCCUGUUGUUACUCCUGGGUGCGGCCCAGGUUCCAAGCGUGUUAGCCGUCCAAAGUUCGUGAAAAAUGCCACCAAAAGUGGCCCUCAAACUCCCGGUAGUGUAGGUGGAUCACCCGCUGCUAGCGUGCCAACACCAGUCAGUACAUGCCGCUAUGACAGUUCCUUGGGUCUUUUGACGAAGAAGUUUAUUGACUUACUUAAGCAAGCUGAGGAUGGUGUCCUUGAUCUUAACAAAGCUGCAGAGACAUUGAAAGUGCAAAAGCGAAGGAUCUAUGACAUCACCAAUGUGUUGGAAGGAAUUGGCUUAAUAGAAAAGAAGUUGAAAAACAGAAUAAGAUGGAAAGGACUUGGUUUCACAACUCCUAUGGAUAUAUCACCUGACAUGACAGCGUUCAAGUCCGAAGUGGACGAACUACAUGUCGAGGAACGGGACCUAGACGAAAGUAUAAGGGAGAUGCGGGAAAAGCUGAAAAUGUUGAGUGAAGAUGAAAACAAUAAACAAUGGUUGUACGUGACCGAGGACGACAUUAAAAGUUUACCUUGCUUUCGUAAUGAAACCUUGAUUGCGAUCAAAGCUCCCCAUGGAACUACUCUAGAAGUUCCUGAUCCGGACGAGGCCGUUGAGUACCCGCAGAGACGAUACCAGAUAUUGUUGCGCAGCACGAUGGGACCCAUAGAUGUAUAUCUUGUGAGCCGAUUCGAGGAAAAAUUCGAAGAAACGAAUACGUUAGAACUCACGGGCCCGUCCCGUACCGUGGAAGAGAACACCAUUGCUGUCAUUGAGAAUGUAGAGCAUGUAGUUACAAGGCCGCCUCCAUCACACUUCGCUGGUGCGGAAUCAUCAAGUAUGCCCGACUAUGGAAACGGCAUCAUGAAGAUUUUGCCAGCUGAAGUCGAUACGGAUGCUGAUUAUUGGCUUUUAUCGGAUGCUGGUGUCAGUAUCACCGAUAUGUGGAGGACCGAUCCUUCGACAGCUAUGUGGGACGAAGUCCAGCUCCAGGCUGCCGAGUUUGGAAUCGAAGGCGAACCACAAACACCGCCAAUGGCUUCAUAGCAGCAAACGAAGAGAGAAAACCUCCCAAGAGGCUCAGGAGGCUUCCUUCCAAGUCAAAACUCUUGUUUCUCCAGACAAGACUGCGAGAAGCUUUACAGAGUUCCAUUUGCAACGACACUUUGGGAAGCUGCGUUUGCUGUGCCAAUAAAAAUCCAACGAUAGGUAACAUUGGCUCUCUUUAUAUCUCUAUAGAGUUACAAAGCCAGCCAAGCCAAGCCUGGCUUUGACAGAAGCAAGCCAUGGAACCAAGAAGCACGAAAUCUCCUCACAGCCUAGAAUUGGAGCACACAGCCUCUUUGACGACGUCGAUUCUUUCCAACAAAAUUGGAUCCACUUUCGCUAAUUUUUUUUGCCGGGUGCUGUGAUAUUUCAUAGUGUGCUUUGUAAUCUUCUGUAAUAUUGAAGCAAAAUUAUUUGUUUCCAGUAAAAUUAUCAAGGUAUAAUUAAACC